AUGUUUGUCCAGACCGGCUUCGGCUGUGACCAGCACGGCGAUCGCAAGGGCGCAGGCGCGACCUCUGCAGCAGUGCGGGCGUGCCGCAACGCGAUAGAGUUCAACUCGAUCCCGGGUAUGGUCGAUCACGUCCCGGGAGGGCGCAAAAACAUGCUGAUUCACGUCAAGCUGGGGAUCCCGGAGGGCUAUUCGGUUGACCACGACGAGAUACGAGCAACUUUCCCGUAUGGCAGACUGCUGCCCGUGGAAGUGAUCCACGGUGGUCUUACCUACGGUUGCGGCAGGGUUGUCACCGAGUUGGGAGACGAAGACGACACGGCAAUCGUUGUCGUGGCCGCCGUGUCGAUCGGUUACAACGACCCGAACGAUGCGUCCGAGGGCCACAAAACAUACGAUACAAGGGACGGUCAUUAG